AACCACAAACCUGCCUCCCUAGAGUUUGCUACACACAGCAGCAGCAACAGAUCGCUGGUAACAGGUCUCACUCUACACAGUACAGACAUGGCUCUUGUAGGCUCUGCGCGUGUCUUAUCAAACGGUGGCGAUGCAGACUCCCCUUUUCCUGAAAUUAUAGAGCUCAAUGUUGGGGGACAGGUAUAUCUGACUCGUCAUAAAACUUUGAUCGCCGUACCCGACUCUCUGCUGUGGCAGAUGUUCAAUCAGAAAACUCCCAAGGAACUGUCGAGAGACAGCAAAGGCCGCUACUUUCUGGACCGCGAUGGCUUUUUAUUCCGUUACAUUUUGGACUACCUGAGAGAUCUCAACCUGGUGCUACCUGAUUACUUUCCAGAGAAGAGCAGACUGAAAAGGGAGGCAGACUUUUUUCAACUGCAAGACCUCUCUAAGAGGCUUAGCCCCAAAGUAAGCAAGGAGAAUUCCAUCAGCGAAGAGAUCAGUCAGAGUGACCCAGAAGAGGUAGGUUUUCUUGGGGGAGCAGGGGGCUCGACCGCAAGCUUGGAUCCAACGCGUUUUGUGUCUGCAAUGACCAGUACCCAUACACGUUCCCCGUCACUGGAGUCCAGGAAAUCAGGCUACAUUACUGUAGGAUACAGGGGGUCCUACACCAUCGGGAGAGAUGCGCAGGCUGAUGCGAAGUUCAGGCGGGUGGCCAGGAUCACAGUGUGUGGGAAGACCUCUUUGGCCAAAGAGGUGUUUGGUGAUACCUUGAACGAGAGCAGAGACCCCGACAGACCCCCGGAGAGAUACACGUCCAGAUACUACCUGAAAUUCAACUUCCUGGAGCAGGCUUUUGAAAAGCUGUCUGAAGCUGGCUUCCGUAUGGUGGCUUGCAGCUCCACAGGCACGUGCGCUUAUGCCAGCAGUGACCCCAGCGAGGACAAGAUCUGGACCAGCUACACAGAGUAUGUUUUCUGUAGGGACUGAUCAGACAGAAUAUGAGACUCAGAAGUAACCUUAAAGUUAAACUGAAGUGUAGCUUAAUACCAAAAAAAAGCUUGACAUAACGGCGUAUAUUUUAUAUAGUGAUGUUUUGAAAUAUCUAUCUAUCUAUCUAUCUAUCUGUCUAUCUAUCUAUCUAUCUAUCUAUCUAUCUAUCUAUUUAUCUAUCUGUGUGUGUGUUUGACGUUUUUUAUUACUUUAUUUUAUAGCUGAUGCUUAUCUAACUUAAAUCUGUCUGUUAUAAUAAUAGUAAUAUACUUGUUAAUGUACUUUUAUCAAACAAUGACCAAUUUAGGAUUUCAAAAUGUUCCUAACAAGAGAAUAAUAUUUACUUAAGAUUUGAAUAUGCUGUUUCAGUACAAUGUUAGGUAUAAAAGUACUGGUAUAAAUACUAUUACAAAUGCAAAGUUCCAGUCCUCAAUUGUGUUACUCAUUAUUAUGCUCUUAUGCCAAGACACACACAACAUCUCAUUUUUUGGUUGAAGUCCAUCUUUGCCCAGGAAACUGAGAAGUCUGGAGAGUCAGUGGUUGCUGGGGGAUAUGAUCAGUAUGGUUUUACCCAUUGCUUAGAGAUUACAAAACUUGCUGUACAAUAAAUCUUUUUUUUCUUUUCUUGCAAUGAAUGUGGUUUUAUAUACUGUAUUAAAAUUAUUAUAAAGUCUGUUCUGUACUUAUCGCUAAAUGAAUAAAGAUUUUGAAUUCA